UAAGAACAAACCACCACUCCAUUAUGUGCAAUCAAAGCUACAAAAAAAAAAAAAAAACAUGGCAGCUUAUGACAGAGCAAAAGCAGUGAAGGAAUUCGACGACUCCAAAAUAGGUGUAAAAGGUCUCUCCGAUUCCGGCAUCAAAACCAUUCCACAAAUUUUCAUCCACCCACCACAAACACUUUCCGACCUAAAAUCUUCCUCCAACAAAACCACUUCAAUCCCACUCAUCGACCUCUCCAACGUAGCUUCACCAAACCACCGACCAAACAUCCUCAACCAAAUCAAACAAGCAGCCAAAACAUGGGGAUUCUUCCAAAUCAUAAACCACAACGUAAACUUGUCCGUUCUCGAAAGCACCAUCGAAGCCAUCGAGUCUUUCCAUAACCAACCACACGAAACAAAGUCCAAGUACUACAAACGAGAAGAAGGACGUGGAGUCAUGUAUGCAAGUAACAACGACUUGUAUAGAACAACCGCUGCCAGCUGGCAUGAUUCUCUGCAAGCGUGGAUGGCGCCGGAGACACCGGAAUCUGAGGAGUUGCCGGAGAUUUGUAGGAAGGAGAUGAUUGAAUGGGAUUUGAACUGUGUUGGAGUUGCUGAAAUGGUUUUUGAGUUGUUGUCUGAAGGGUUGGGGUUGGAAAGUGGAAGGUUGAAGGAGUUGAGUUUUGGUGAAAGUAGAGUGAUGGUGGGACAUUGUUAUCCUUACUGUCCUCAACCGGAUUUGACUAUGGGUAUUACACCGCAUACAGAUCCUGGUGCGAUUACGUUGUUGUUGCAGAAUCAAGUGCCGGGGUUGCAGGUGGAGCACGGCGGUGAGUGGGUGGAUGUUAACCCCGUGCACGGCGGUAUCAUUGUUAAUAUCGGCGAUUUUCUUCAGAUAAUUUCUAAUGGGGAGUAUACGAGUGUACAACACAGGGUGUUGGCUAAUUCACAUGAGAAAUCAAGAAUCUCAAUUGUGAUGUUCUUGAAUUUGAGUAAAUGGAGACAAGAUGGUUACCAUGGGCCUCUUCCUGAGUUGGUGUCCUCAGAGAAACCACCAAAUUAUCGAGAUUUCACUCUGCAAGAAUUUAUUGACAACUUUUAUAGCAAGGGAAUUGAUACCAAGUCUUUCAUAGACAAAGUUAAAAUUCAAAACUGAAACGCAACUACAUAUAUUGGGCAAAAAUUAUACUUUAAAAUUGUCCUUACAAUCAUGAAUCUGACUAUCGAGUUGUAUUUGAAAUCAAAGUUUUUUUUUUUUGUGUGCAAGAGAUGUAAUAUAUGUAACAAGUUAUUAUGUCUUAAAGGGAUGAAUCAUAUCUAUAUGUAUUGUGUUACGACCCAAGAGAAUAUUGGGCUCAUAAGUGAGCAAGAGAAGCCUCAUCAGAGGUUGACAUGUGAGCUCAAAUCAUCAGCAUUUUUUUAUAAAAGGCGCUAUUAAUUUUUUUAUAAAAGACAUUUGCAGCAACACCAGACAGAUUUCAUAAAUAAUCAAA